AAACUUUGCCGCUUCCCACAAAAAAGAUCACUUUGAAGUCGCGCGUUAGUCAGGCAACAGGUGUAUCGGACGGAACGAACCCGCGCUGCGAUAAGAUCGUUGGCAUUUUGUGUGCUGUGAAUGCUCUUAGCGAUUGAUCUGCAGCUAAAACUGAUUCCUGCCUGAAUUAUCUAUUUGAUUCCACAAUUUCUGAUGGCCUCCAAUAGCAGCAGCAGUCCCACAGAUCUGGACAGUCAGGUCAAUGUGGAGGAUUUGCCCAUAACCUUCAAGGUCAAAUACAUUGGCUCGGAGGUGGCACGCGGCCUGUGGGGCAUUAAGUACACACGCCGGCCGGUCGAUCAUAUGGUGGGUGUGGCCAAGAACCUGCCGCCCAACAAAGUGCUGCCCAAUUGCGACCUGACGGUGUCCGUGACGGGCGUUCAGCUGGAGAUCAUUUCGCCCAAGGCGAGCAUCAACAACUGGAGCCAUCCGAUCGACACGAUCUCGUAUGGGGUGCAGGAUCUGGUCUACACACGAGUCUUUGCCAUGAUCGUGGUCAAGGAUGACUCCAGCCCGCAUCCGUACGAUGUGCACGCCUUCGUCUGCGACAGCCGGGCCAUGGCCCGCCGGCUGACCUUUGCCUUGGCAGCAGCCUUCCAGGACUACUCGCGACGUGUCAAGGAGGCGGCAGGAGAUGAUCAGAUCGAUACCAUAACGCCCGCACGCCAAAAGUUUGCCAUCGAUCUGCGCACGCCCGAGGAGAUACAGGCUGGGGAAAUGGAACAGGAAACGGAGGCGUAGUCGGAGGAGGAGGAGAGUCUGUGGGGCUCCAUUGUGAUGUCAUAGUUACUUAUUGUCCAGUGUUCACUGUAAUUGUAAAUUGUACGACUGCACGUACGAGUAGUUCUCCUCGCUCACAUGGUACGAGUAGUUUCCUCAUACAGCUAAUUACCCAAAGCUUACAUAAGUGUUAAAUCCAAAACUGUAAACGAUUUUCUACAAUAAAUAAUAGUAAAUAUUUGUAAAGUA